GCUGCUACGAGCGCACAUUACCGUGCAAGUUCUCCCCGUCGGCGUCGCCCUCGGUCGCCGUCCUGUUGCCGUUGUCGUGGCACAGGACGCGCUAAAUGGCCACCCGCAGUUGCGGCGUGGCAUCGAGGCUUUGGCCAUCGCUGCGGCCGAGGAGCUGCCAGUUCGGAAGGCGGCGGGGUCCAUGGUCUCGGGCCGUGAUGUGGGCACCUUGUGCGGCGUGACGGUCUCUCUGUCCUUGCGAUCGGAGUCCUUUCUCACCUAUGUGCGGUACCUGAUUCGAAAAGACUGGGACAUGGUUUGGACGCCGAAGGCGCGGAUUCUCUUUCAGCCGUUUGACUGUGCAGGGAGCCGAGAUAAGGCCAAGUGCAUGGCCCACUUCCAGCAGGACGACCGGCGCGCCUGGCGAGCGCUCGCGUACCGCAUGGAGAGGCGGAUGAUGUCAGAAGCUGAGGAAAUCGCCGAGACCUUCGCAGCGGCCUCCGUCACGAAUGAGGUUCAAAUAUCUCACGAUUGCCUUGCCGAAGCCCCCGCAGCCAGUAUGAUCCUCUCGGAGCAUGAGCCUUUGAGGUUCUGGGUUCUUGUCAAGGGGUAUUCGAAUUUCAGUGACCACUACAUUGGUUUAUAG